GACUAAACCCCCUUCCCCCACACACACACACACACACACACACACACACACACACACACACACACACACACACACACACACACACACACACACACACACACACACACACACACACACACACACACACACACACACACACACACAUAUCCUUGCCAUUGAUGCAUGAUACAGGGGCCUGUCCUAUAGGAAUUGAUGGCUCAGCAGCAGCAGGUCAGUUGCAGCCUGAUAGCCAUAUGCUCCAAAGACAAGGGGUGUGAGAAAGCUAUCCAUCCAUCACUCUUAGGAGCUGUAUUUCACCCUGGAACAUGUACCUGAUGCAAUUGUUAUUUAAGAAAUGCCAAAUAUUGGCGAAAGAUGUAAAAAAAACAUCCCUGUUCAACUCACAAAAUCCAAUCAUCCCCAUUAUAAGCAUUUAAGUGCAAAGUCAACAAAUCAAUCGGGCCGACUUCGAUCACUGUUCACACUUUUAAAAGCACAUCUUAGAAAGAUAAAAUGAAAAAAGCCACAGCGAUGGCCCAGGAGUUUACUAUUCUCUGCUCCAAAUAACCUAAACCUUUUUCACAAAUAGUUUCCAUAUUUCUUUUCGCACACCAAACCUUUCUGGUGGAAGGCCUUGGGCUUGCCGGCUCCGGUUGCCAAGAACUAAGUGGUGGUUUCCAUCAGCGGUUCCUGAGGUGUUAAGUUCAUCUCCCGGCCCUCUGGCCUGACGCCAGGCCUCCAUGUUGGAGGUCAGCUCAGGGUUACCAGAGAAAUAAUGAUGCACACUUUGGUUCGGUCUGCUCAUGGUCAAACGCUGGCUUUGGUGAAGCACCCACUGGAAACGUAGCAUCAGGUUAUAAAUGUACCGGCUCACGGUUUUGUCGGCCCAAAGAGCUAUAGAUUAAUUGCAUUGAGAAUAAUUUGUUGUAGGUGAAAGCAGACAAAUCUGUCCAACAAAUGUAGCACUUAUUAAUAGAACUGUAGAGCUGGCAAAGCAACAGAAAUCCAAUUGAUUUAGAUUUGACACAGAGCACUUAUCAAGAGUCAAGAGUCCAUAUCCGACAGAAUAAUUUUUUGGGCCUGUGAGGAAAAAAAAUAGUGUCUCAAUAUUUUCCUGACUAUCAACAAAGCAUUCACAACAUCACUGCUGGCAACAUGACAUGGGCAGAGGUGAUGCAUGGCACACUGCCGGUUAAUAUUUGUAUACCCGGCAGGACUUGUUUCCUGUUUCUUUGUUUUGAAAUAAAAUGCUUAUCCCUCUGACGGUGUGUGACAAUUUAUUUUCUUAUGAUUGGUUUCUUUGAAACAGUUGUGUGUGCGUGUGAGACCAGGUAAGGCAUAAAGGUGGAAUACAUGAAGACAGAUGACAGGCGAAUAUUUUAAGGCCAAUAUAAAAAUGCUUUUUUUUCUCUCAUACUAUAAGAAUAUAUUUCUGAUAUGGUCUUUUGUUGGGGUGGGGCUGUGGCUUGGCCAAUGGCCGGUGUGUGUGUGUGUGUGUGUGUGUGUGUGUGUGUGUGUGUGUGUGUGUGUGUGUGUGUGUGUGUGUGUGUGUGUGUGUGUGUAUGCAUUUGUCUGUCUGUGCGCUUGUUUGUGCAUAUGUGUGUUUGUGUCUGCGAACAUGUGUGUGUGUGUGUGUGUGUGUGUGUGUGUGUGUGUGUGUGUGUGUAUGUGUGUGUGUCUGCGUGUGUGUGUGUAUGUGUCUGCGUGUUUGUGUGUGUGGUGUUUCAGAGCCACAGCUGAAAGGCAUCGUCACACGGCUGUUCAGCCAGCAGGGGUUCUACCUGCAGAUGCAGCCAGAUGGAACCAUCGACGGCAGCAAAGACGAGAACAGCGACAGCACCCUGUUUAACCUCAUCCCUGUGGGUCUGAGAGUCGUGGCCAUUCAGGGGCUGAAGAGUGGGUUCUACAUCGGCAUGAACGGGGAAGGCAUGCUCUACAGAUCGGAGGUGUUCACACCAGAGUGCAAGUUCAAGGAGUCGGUGUUUGAGAGCUACUACGUCAUCUACUCGUCCACAGUGUACCGGCAGCAGGAGUCGGGCCGUGCCUGGUUCCUGGGCCUCACCAAAGACGGACAGGUCAUGAAGGGCAACCGCGCCAAGAAGACCAAGCCCUCCUCACACUUUGUUCCCCGGCCCAUUGAAGUGUGUAUGUACCGGGAGCCGUCAAUGCAUGAGAUCGAGGAGAAGCAGCGCUCCAGGAAGAGCUCAGGGACUCCCGCUAUGAAUGGAGGAAAAGCCGUCAAUCAGAACUGUUCAUAGCAUCAGGGGGCGGAGCUUCCAUCGGGGGGGAGGUGUGACCUCCUCUUAAUUUAAAGGGGAGGAGUCAUCACCAAACCCCUUACAAAAUACGCACCACUAUACCCUCUGUCUAGGGGAGGGGGGAGUUGCCGCGACAACCAGGAGCUUGUACUGUACACCCAACCAAUCAAAAAAGAACAGCAACUUAACUGAACUCUUGCCUGUGAAAUUCUUUUAGAUGAAUUAUUAUUAAUCCAGACGAUAUGAAAGAAACAUUUUCAAUCAGGAUUUGACCUAAACAUUUUAUGCAAAAAAGAGAAAAAGCUGUGACAAACAUAAGAAUGGUGGUCUCUCGUCAUAUAAAUACAAAUAUCUAUAGUUUCCAAUUUAUGCUGUGAAAAAUUAGCUUUAAAGACAUGUUACAAAUGUCAUGCAUUGGUUAGAUAUAUAUUUUUUGGAUUGCCGUGACGCUUCCACACGCUUAAUGGUGUUAUUGUUGUCAAUAAUAACAGUUAUUGAUUAUGUUUUAAUUAAUAACGAUCAGUACUACUCUGUUGUUACCUCACCAGCUCGGUUAGCGACCACGUCGACUCCGCCUCUUGUUUUUUUCUAGAGACUUAUCACUAAAGAGAAAGUCGUUUCCACUGCUUGACGGUGAAUGUGCUCUCACGCAAACUAGUCAGAGUGUCGGGAGGUCGGACUGAAUGUACUGUAAUGUCAGAAUCUGAUUGGUGGAGAUAUGGGUGUGGGGGUUGGGCCGUGCGAUCUGAUUUGCUCAGGGUGCUGUACUGUAAGUGCGAGUGAUUGGUUGUUUAUCCACGGGACAAAUCGGAUUGUUCCAGAAGCUUCUUGGAAGAAUCCCCUCCCCCUCCCUGGCCAGGCAGUGGGACUGUUAUAAGCAAUACAACUCAGUCAAGAGAUGUCUCAAACGAAUCUCCAAGCGGCACUAAUUGCAAUGAGUGUGCGUUCGAACGUCAUUGGCUUGUGAAAGAUUGAUGCACGUUAAAAAGCAGGGUUUUUCAAAUUGUCCAGAGAGACAGAGGUUUGCUCAAGGGUCAACGGUAGUCCUCCGAGCAGUUCCUUCAGUAACAUGGGAGGAAAAGCGAACUUCUUUUUAAAUGGCGUUAAACGGCGCGUUGCUCUCUCUCUCCCAGAGUUCCGAGGGGGCGAGGUAAUGGUGGUGAUGAUGAUCACGACCACUGUGAUAGCCACGGACGGUUAUCCUCAUCAUUUGCACCUCGAGAAUCACAGCUCUCUCUGCUCUGCAAUUUGUAUGACUGGGGUCUUGACCGCAAAAAUCAUACAAAAAGAAAUAAAAAAUAAAAAAAACAAUCACAACAAAAAAAUAAUACAUAUAUAGCAUUUGUGCUUUCAAUAUAUAUGAACAAAACAUGAUGUCAUCUUUGAUAAAGAAAAAAAAAAGUCUGGACUGUUCUGGAAGGUUCUGGCCUGAGAUGGGGCUUGUUUGUUCUAAUGAGUUAUUUUGCUGCAGUCUCCUCUCUUUCCUCGCCGUAAAUGGUAAACAAUAAGCUAUUAAAUAGAUGGGUGGACAGGGUGCAGCAUUGUUUAGAAACUAGCUAAUUAAGUUUCCUCCUUUAAUUCUUUAGAGUGGGGGUAACAGCUAAUGGCACCCCACUACCACGGCAGAGGCAGAGCGGGUCAGCCAAGUCCGGGAUUGAGCGAUUUGUUGUUUUUUUCUUCGUUUUUUUUGGAAAUCAUUGACGUAACGUAAAGGGUAAUUGUAUUCUAUUAGUCGGUAAACCAUAGACAUCGACAUAGUCUCCAUCCGCCGUUCUUUUUUCGUCUUGGUGAUUUAGGAAAUGAGUCGUGUGUUGCAGCGUUGCGUCGGAGCGGGCUUCUUCUAUUCUCAUAAGUGCUUGGUGCACCUCCUCUGGCUCCAGCCCCAUCCUUCACUGAUAUUGGAUCAUCUAACUCAGGAAGUCUUACAAUUAUCCAAUGAACGCCUGUCCUCGUUGUUCGGCACACUAUAGAAAAAAGCCUGGCUUUUUUUGUUGUGCUUCUCUUGAGCAAGCUCGGAACGCGUGGCAAAACCGAUGUUUUGUUACGGGUGAUGAGCGGGCGGUCUGUGGCGCGCAGAGGGGGUAGGUCGAGGAAAAGGGAUUCACAGGCAACAGAUACACACAGGCGAUCUACAGUGGAGACUAACACCAUUUACUUCAUACCACACACACACACACACACACACACCGAUGGCCUCUGUUGUGUGUUUUGACCGGGAAACACAAUUUUGUAUGCAGUUGUGAGGAUCCUGAUGGUAGCAUCCACCAGCUUAUGCAUCUCUACUAGUCGUGGUUGAACACUCUUUAUCUGUGGUAGAUGAACAGCACACGGUCUGCAGUACAGAGCAGAUGCCCACGGGUCCCAGUCGUGGACCUGUAUAUGUGUUUCUUUUCUUUCCAUUCUAACAAGUCUUCCACCUGGUUCCCAGCUAGCAUAGCGAGGCUGGCGCAGGCUGCUUGCGAGAGCUAACGGUAGAUUAGUUAACUUUCCAUAAGCUCCCAACUACACAUAUUGAAUAUGUAUAUAAGACGAGAUGCUAAUAAAGGCAUAAAGCUUAUACCAGCAUUAAGCAGCGAGGUGAUGUGGAUACAUGUCGACAAAUAGCGCUGUGGAAGGUGUAAAGGCAUGGGAUGAGAAUGAGCGUAUACCCAGAAGAUGGAGACGAAGAUCAAAGGAGAGCACUUUCUGUGAAUAUGGGAUUUAUAAAAAGCAUUAGGAACUGUCGGGGUUACGUGCGAAUAUGUAAAGAAAAAAAAUUAUUUAUGUAUUUUAUUUUUUUGUUUGCCGAUUAUUUCACCACAUUGGAACUCACUCAUGUAUGCAUUAUGAAUUGUGAGACAAAAUAAAAAAAAAUAUGCAUUGAUAAUACAAAAAAAAUCGGAAUGACGUUAGUGAUUGUUUAAGAAUAAAGACGUUAUGUUAUCAAAA